ACGUAAAAAGAGGGCGUAAUAACUAUACGUAGUUCACCGGUGGGAGACUCACUGACAGUUCCGUGCCGGAUGGUGGAUGGAGUUUGACAAGCCAGUAGACUAUCCUGUGGGAAAUAAUAUAACUUUAUAAGCUCCACUACGUCAGAAACAUAUACACUUUACCGUCUGUCGAAAAUUGUUCAGAAAUCUACAGCCGCGUUCCAUUUAGUGAUGCUAAGACCUUCAUGUAGAAAGGACGCUCGUGUUUUAACCAUCAGCAACAUUUAGCUAGCUAAUUCAAGCCCAGUUCGUCAGCUCGAAGACAUCUAACACACGGACCGGCAGCAGAUAAAAUAAUGCGUCAAGCGUUUCUGAAAUAUGUCCGCCGGUUUCCGUGGGUCACGAACGUCACACUGUACGGCUGUCUGUUCGCCGGCGGGGACUGCGUCCACCAGUGGUUCUCCCGGAGGGAAAAAAUGGACUGGAAGCAAACGCGCAACGUCGCCGUGGUCGCAUUCAGUUUCCAUGGCAACUUUAAUUUCUUCUGGAUGCGUUUUCUGGAGCGGAGAUUUCCCGGGAACUCCAUCGGGAUGGUGUUGAAGAAGCUGUUCCUGGACCAGACGACGGCGGCGCCCCUGGCUACCAGCGUCUUCUAUACAGGUGUCAGCCUUUUGGAGGGGAAAGAAGACAUCAUGGAGGACUGGAGGGAAAAAUUCCUGAACACAUAUAAGACCGGGCUGAUGUUCUGGCCUUUCAUGCAGUUUCUGAACUUCGCCCUGGUGCCUCUGUACAUUCGGACCACCUUCACUGGCUGCUGCGCCUUCAUAUGGGCCACCUUCCUGUGCUUCUCCCGUCAGUCUGGAGAUGGCACAGCUGCUGCUGCUUUGGCGUGGAUGUUCCCGCCUAAAGAAGAUGAAGCAGAUUCCACUAAAGAAAAAGUAGACUAAAAGCGAAGGUAGAGGGAACUACAACAUCUGAACCCGCUCAGUAGCUGAAUCAGUCGCUGUUGUGGAGGGGGUAAGGAGGGUAAAAACAUGGUAAAACUGGUCUAAUCAGGACACAGCAGGUCCAGAGGUUGGCAGUCCCGUCUUGUCUGGUCUGGUCCGGUCCAGCUCAGUGGUUGAUGUUGCACAAACACUGCCAGGUUUAGAUGUGUAUUCUCAUGAUGGUGCAGGGUUCUCUGGGAAGCGACACCCCAGCACACUGAAUGUACAUGGAAUAUACAAGUAUUCUGCAACAAUCAUUAUCAUUCAUCAUGUCCUUUGACAUUUUAAUGAGUAUUCACCAUGAUCUACGGCUCAUCAGGUUGCAGUUUGUUCUUAUAUUUACAGACAGGUCUCUUUUUCAGCUGGACCAGGCUAAAACGCUGGAAUGAUUUCUGACUGCUGCAGUUCGUCUGAGACAGAAUUUGUAAUUAUUGAUGUUUUACAUCAGGAUAAAACAAAAAGAACAAAACUAAUAUAUAACAAAGAAUCACUUCCACCAUGUGGAAUGGUAUUUAAUUGAUUAACUUAGAGUGUUAGCUUUAUAAAGUUGUGUAGAAGUAUAAACUUUUAAAGAUUACUUUGUUAUCUCAUCCUGAUCACUACAGACUUUGAUUUAGGUUUACAGACUGGUACGUCAUGUGUACAUGUUGGUGCUAAUAAUCUAUAAUAUAAAAUUGAUUGGUGUGUUACUAUGAUUGGUAGGUAUUUUUAAUACAAGGAUCAUAAGGUGCCAACUAAACAUGAUUAUAAGUUUGUUUUUAAUGCAUCACUCAAACUCAAGAAAAACAUUAAAAUUUUAAACAUUUUUUUAUUAUUAUUAUCAUUUCCACAUUUUGAUCCAUUAAAACUUCCCAUCUACAUGCUGCAGUAAUGAGUUACUACAUAGGAUUACUCAUUGUGUCUCAUCAUAUUUAUUAGGUUUACUUCACAGUUGAAAUGCUGCCCAGCUGAUUCUGUACUUUAUGCCAAGCACUAUCCGCUGUCUCCUUUUAAUGUUUUUAUACUUUUAAAAUACAGUUAUUCUGAGAAUUUUAAUGCUACUUUAGGUGUUUUUUUCACAUUGAUUCUUAAAAUGCAACAAUAAUACAAAAGCUGUUGGUUAUUCAUUCACACACACACACACACACACACACACAUAUAUAUAUAUAUAUAUAUAUAUAAAUACUGUGCUGGAAAAUUUAAAAGCAUACUUCUGUUUUCUGCUUCAGGCCGAUAAUUAACAAAGCAUGUGAUACUGUGUGAUUAUAAUAUUUAAUAUUUAAUGUUUCUAACAAGUCAGUAUAUUAAUAUAUACAAUUGUCUGAAUUGGUGUGCAGAAAAAAAAUAAGAACUACUUACUACUAAUAAGAACUACUAAGAACUAUUUUUUUUCCAUAUUUAACUGUCAACCUGGGUAUAGUAAUUUAAUAUCUGUAGUUUUACAGUGUCUGUUCUGGAUUUCCUGUUUACUGAUUAUUUGUAUGCUGAAGUGUUACACUGGACCUGGGAUGUCAAGUCAUUGAAAUUUCUCUGUCUUUGUUGGGUAAUAUUAUCAACGCAUUCGGGAAUUG